AUGUCAGACAUGGAAGAUGUUUUGGAUAGGCAAGAGCGAGAAAGGCGAGCAAGAAUGCGCAGAAAAGCUGCAAGCAAAAGGGCGCAGAGAGAACUAGAUGAGCAACUUGGUGUGGCCGUUGCUUUGAUGGAGGAAGAAAACCAGAGCCGUCGUGGUUCACGAGAAGGCCGGGCAUCGAAUGUGGACAGACAUAGACAUUCUCGGGGUAAGAAUCUUCUGGAAGAUUAUUUUAUCCCACAAUCUUUGUACUAUGAUGUUCAUUUUCGAGCAAGAUAUAGAAUGCAACCCCAUUUGUUCAAUAAAGUCAUGCAUGAUAUUUGCAAUUAUGAUGACUACUUUGUUCAAAAUAAAAAUUGUGCUGGAGAUUUGGGGCUGCUUCCCGAGCAAAAGUUCACAGCUGUGAUACGAAUGUUGGCGUAUGGGUCAUCUGCUGAUCAGGUGGAUGAGAUUGCCCGGAUGGGGAAGUCCACUAUUUUGGAGAGCUUGGUGCGAUUUUGUGAUGUAGUGGAAAAUCUGUACACCAUGGACUACCUGCGCAGACCUACGCCCAGGGACCUGCAACGGCUUUUACAAAAAGCUGAGUCUCGUAGAUUUCCUGGAAUGAUUGGUAGCAUUGACUGCAUGCACUGGCAAUGGAAAAAUUAUCCAUCUGCUUGGCAAGGGGAUUAUGGUAAUCGGAAAGGGCAGAAAAGCAUCAUCCUCGAAGCAGUUGCUGGUUUUGAUACCUGGGUUUGGCACGCCUUCUUUGGAGUUGCCGGCUCUCAAAAUGAUUUGAACGUCCUGGGUCAAUCCGAUGCCGGUGUCUCAUGGAGUGGCGUCUCGUUCAAGACUACCGUCGAACCCGUUUGA